GCCACCUCCUUGUUAUUCUCCAGCGCAGGCGGCUUGUGUAACUUCACGGUGCAGGACGGAGGAGCCCGACGAACCCGAACCGAACCCGAACGACAAGCCACCCGGACUCUGUCUCGCCUGUCGAUUGAUUAUAUAUCGAUUUUAGUGACUGACUUCAACUCCCCCGCGGCGACGCUCGUUUUCAGUGUGAUUUCCACCCCCCCUUGUCGUGCACCACCACCACCACCAGACACCGACAUGCCGUCUCUGCGACACUCGUACACGGUGACGGUACCGGAGGAACCGGCCGCUUUCCCCUUGGAAAAACCCGACGUGCGGCGAAAGAGCCCGUCGUUGUCACGCUCCAAGCUGGUGUCCACGUUCAUGGGUCUCAUCAUCAACCAGGCCAAGAACAAGAGUCCUCAAGGCCUGGUGGGACUGAGGAACCUGGGCAACACGUGCUUCAUGAACUCCAUCCUGCAAUGCCUGAGCAACACGCCGGAGCUGCGCGACUACUGCCUGAGGAACGUCCAUCGCGCCGACCUCAACAACAACAACAACUGCACGAUGAACUCCGCGCUCAUGGAAGAGUUUGCGAAGCUGACCCAGAGCCUGUGGACCUCUGUGAACAACGAGGCCAUCAGUCCCUCUGACUUCAGGAGACAGAUCCAGAGAUUCGCUCCCAAAUUUGUGGGCUGCAAUCAGCAGGACGCCCAGGAGUUCCUCCGCUUCCUAUUGGACGGUCUCCACAAUCAGGUGAACCGAGUGACGGUCCGCCCCAGCGUGUCCGUCGAGGACUUUGACCACCUCUCGGAUGAUGAGAAAGGCAAGCGGAUGUGGAACAUGUACUUGGAGAGGGAGGACAGCAAAGUCGUGGAUCUGUUUGUUGGGCAGCUGAAGAGCACUGUGACUUGCACCGUUUGUGGCUUCUGCUCCACGGUGUUCGAUCCCUUCUGGGACCUCUCCAUACCUGUUGCACAGAAGAGCUCCGGGGAAGUGAGUCUCAAAGACUGCUUGAGGCUGUUUACAAAAGAGGAUGUGUUGGACGGGGAAGAGAGACCGACGUGCAACAGAUGCAAAACCAGAAGGAAAUGCACCAAACGAUUCAGCAUCCAGAAGUUCCCCCGGAUACUCGUGCUUCACCUGAAGCGCUUCUCCGACUCCAACAUCCGAACCAGCAAGCUCUCCACCUACGUCAACUUCCCCCUCAAAGAGCUGGAGCUGCGGGAGUUCGCCUCGGAGUGCAGCGAGCGCACCGUGUACAACCUGUACGCGGUCUCCAACCACUCGGGAAACGCUCUGGGAGGCCAUUACACGGCCUACUGCAAGAACCCGGCGCUGGGCGAGUGGUACAGCUACAACGACUGCAGGGUGAGCCCGGUGUCCUCCAGCCAGGUCCGCAGCAGCAGCAACGCCUACGUCCUCUUCUACGAGCUGGCGCCCUCCCCGCACAGCAAGUACCAGACGUGUCUGCUUUAGACGCGGCGGCGAGAGGAGUCAAAGAGCCGCACCGACGCUGCGGGAGAGCGCCGCCUGGUGGGGAGAGUCCUGCCAUCACAGACUGUGAACCCUGGAAGGAAAUCGCCCUCUGACCUUCCCCCCCCCCCCCAUGUGAUUUUUGUGAAUGGGGGAGGGGGGGGGGAGGUCCGGAUGUGACGGCACACUCGAACUUCAGGAUGUUUCAAGCAGGGCUCGUACGUCGGAUGGAGCUGAAUUAUUUUACUUGCAUUUAAAAAAAAAAAAGAACCCAAAAAAAUGUAGAAUUCAUCUCGGAGCCCAGCUGUGCGUCAAACUUAAAAUGCUCUUUUGGCAAAAGGGGUCUCGAUGAGGAAAAAAAAGACACUUAACAGCUGUGCCUGGAAUCUGCACCCAGUCGAGUGGAUCUUCUUUGACUUUUCAUGCCCUUUGGACAUGGACUAUUAACGAUGAGGACAUAUAAUAUGCGACGGCAUUGCAGAGACUUGAAAGCCGCCUCACACAGCAAGUGCAGGAUGUAAUUUAUUCUAUUUAACAGAAUGCCAGUAACUGAACGAGCAUACUGUAGACAUGUAAUUGAACAAAGCCUUAUAGUGUCCUCUUAGAGCAGUGAGAAUCCAAUAUUGUAGAGAGGAUGUUUUAUGUCCAAGCACAUGUUAUUUUUGUACAGUAUUUAUGGACAGCGCAGUGAAUGUAACUGUUCUGUGGGAAAGCCAGACACACCAAAGCAGCUGUUUAGAAAUGCAUCAACAAUUCGUCUUGCGGCAAUAAUGUUUGCUGACUUGACACCCGAGUUCCGAGCCUAUAAAUGAUUAAAAUUAAAUGUUAACUUA